UGUCCCCCCACCUCGCCUGCCGACGCCGGGUGUUGUUCCCGACGCCUACAAUGCCGAGCUCGUCCCGGAUAUUAUCGUUCCAUGGCGCCGUCUAGUUCUCUUUGUCACUUUUUCUUUUGUGUACUACAAUUUCUUAUACUUGUUCAAUUAUACCCAUCGUGAACCCAGGCUGUCAAUUGACCUUGUGCGCAGCUGUUCUGCUAUACUAGGUCCCUCUCCGACGCUCACUUCGACAUAUAGUACCGUAUACUUCGCCCCCCACCGUCCCGGCCUCGCAUUCUCAACACCGAUUCCGCCCCGUGCAAGAUGGCUCCGCUCCCCAAGGGCCUCUCGGCCGUCCUCUCCAAGGCGCCGUCCGACGUCGUGAUCCUCUCGUCGCUCCGCACACCCAUCUGCCGAUCGUACAAGGGCCAGCUGAAAGAUGCAUACCCAGAAGAGCUGCUGUCGGUGGUGCUGAGGGCGACGCUCGACGCCAACCCGCGGCUCGACCCGGGCAAGAUCGACGACGUGGCGGUGGGCGUGGUGCUGUCGGAGCUGGGCGGGUCCAAGGCGGCGAGGAUGGCCAUGAACCACGUCGGCUACCCGUCCACGACGUCGCUGUACACGGUCAACCGCGCCUGCAGCUCCAGCCUGCAGAGCAUAGCCGCCGUGGCCGGCCAGAUCCGCUCCGGGGCCAUCGACGUCGGCAUCGGCGCCGGCAUGGAGAGCAUGACGCGCAACUACGGCAGCCGCGCCAUCCCCGUCGACGUGUGGCCGGCCCUCAAGGACUCGCCCGUCAAGGACGCCCGCGACUGCAUCAUGCCCAUGGGCCUGACCUCGGAGAACGUCGCCGAGCGCCACGGCGUCGCCCGCGCCGACCAGGACGCCUUUGCCGCCGAGAGCCACCUGCGCGCCGCCCGCGCCCGCAGCGAGGGCCGCUUCGCCGCCGAGAUCGCCCCCGUCACCACCCGCUUCCAGGAGGUCGACAAGCAGGGCAACAAGGUCGGCGACGAGAAGACCAUCGCCGUCACCGAGGACGACGGCAUCCGGCCCAGCGUGUCGGCCGAGGCCCUGGCCAAGCUCAAGCCCGCCUUCAAGCCCGACGGCGCCAGCACCGCCGGCAACUCGAGCCAGGUCAGCGACGGCGCCGCCGCGACGCUGCUGAUGCGCCGCAGCACGGCCACCGAGCUCGGCCUGAGCGGCGACAUCAUCGGCAAGUUCGUGUCGGCCGUCUCGGUGGGCUGCGCCCCCGACGAGAUGGGCAUCGGCCCCGCCCUGGCCAUCCCCAAGCUGCUGGGCCAGGUCGGGCUGGAGAACAAGGACGUCGACCGCUGGGAGAUCAACGAGGCCUUUGCCAGCCAGGCCCUCUACUGCAUCCGGAAGCUGGGCCUCGAGGGCGACAUGGCCAAGAUCAACCCCGACGGUGGCGCCAUCGCCCUGGGCCACCCUCUCGGUGCCACCGGUGCCAGGAUGACGAGCACCUUGAUGCACGGCCUGAAGAGGAGUGACGGCGAGGUUGGUGUUGUCAGCAUGUGUGUUGGGACCGGCAUGGGCAUGGCUGGUCUGUUUGUGAGGGAAUAAGAUAUAUAGGGCGUGCUGAUUUACAAGGCAAAAUUCAAAAGUCAUCAAUGUAUAUUGUCAGCGAUCAGUUCAUAAUUUCGAUCCGUCUACCCCUUUGUGCCAGUGGCAGUGCUCCGAGGAUCACCAACUCCGGCAAUGCUCUAAAUCACAAUACUUAGGACACCUCACUCACUCAACAAAACCACCAUACAACUGACCAUUAUGCAAGCCUGCACCAACUCUGGCGUCAGCCCGCGCCGUCACGCCACACCCGAGCAAACUGUCUCAGAUUCGACUCGGGGCCAGACCAAGUCGGGACCAGAAGUUGGAUACGAAAGGGCGCCGUGCUUGUGGGGUUCUGGCAGCUAGUCAUGCUGAAGGGGUGACAUGGCGUUGACGGGAGAUCUCCAAUUGCUCGACGGGAUGCGCGGUGACGUCAAAUAAGAACCAUUCGUCGAGCUGCUGCAGACCAUCGCAUGGAGUCAUUGUCACACCCUUUUUGUGAGAAU